AUGGAAGGUAGCUGUGAUAAAGAAAAGUUCAACAAGUUCAUCCUGUCACUGGUGAUUCCAUGCAUGAACCAAUAUCCUGGCCCAAAUAGCGUGCUUGUCCUGGAUAAUGCAAAAAUUCAUCAUGGAGGAGAGUGGGUCUAUCGUUGA